UUCCAUACUUCUAUCUGGAGGAAUUAAAUCUGUACCCGAAGCCGCUUUUGCACUCGAUAAUCCUGAUUCCUCCAUAUAGUUACAGCAACCAGAGAUGGAACAUUUGUUUGGAGGCUCAUUGUUAAUAUAAUUACAUGUGAUAUCUUGCGUUUCUAAAAUUAAUUGUAUGCGACGUUUGAGUGUAUUCAUUAAGAUUUAUUCAUUUGACUGCGUGUGCAGACAUGAAUAACGCAACGGAUGCAGUUAUGCCAUUAUGGCAGUAUGAAUCUCAUAAUGAUACUUUGUGGAUUCGUGUGGCUUUCAUAAUCGUCAUGAUCGUAUUAAGUAUCGCUGGUUUUGUGGGCAACGCAAUGAUAAUCAUCACGAUAUUGCUUGUUCGGGAGCUGCGAUCUACUCAAAAUGCGUUCCUAGUCAACCUGGCAGUUUCCGAUCUUGCACUGAUAUUGAUAGUCGUUCCGUUUAAUAUCAUUAGUGUGGUCCAUGGGAAACUGUUUUGGGCCGAUCGCAUGCCGCUGUGCAUUUUUGUUGCCAGCGUAUGUGCACCGGGUUGCUUAACAGCAAUAUGGUCAAACACGGGAACGGCUUUUAAUCGGUACUUCUUCAUGUGCAAGAACGAUAUUUACGACCAGCUGUUUUCGCCGCGCAAAACUGUGCUGUGGAUACUGGCCAUAUGGGCGAUUUCUUUUCUCAUCCAUAUGCCCAAUCAUCUUGGAUGGGGAGAAAACAGUUAUGUUGAACAGUUUUAUCUAUGCACCCGUGAAACCAAUCUGUGGACAUAUUCCACUUUUUUCGCCGUGGUAGGCAUUGUCCUUCCCAUCGCCAUUAGCUUCUUCGCCUAUUUUAACAUCUACCUGCUGGUACGCCGCACAAAAUCCGCACGUAACAUAAUUAUUAAAAUGCGCAAUCCAAAACCUCCAACCACAUCGGCAGCAUGUUCGGCUAGUUGCGGUAGCACACUGGAAUCGUCAAUCCGCAUUCCGCUCGUGUCGCUGAAAUCCGAUGACGACAAAGCAGUGAAAGCACUGGUGGCCGUUAAUGAUGCCCUGACCUUACCGGUGAAGCAUUGCAACCGGCGUAGUAAAGCAUUCUGGCAUGAAAUCCUCCUGGCACAGACGCUGUUACGCAGCUUCAUGCUAUUUUUGGUAUCCUGGUUGCCGCUAGCGAUACUCCUAAUGCUGCCCAUGGUUCCUAUCCCGGCAUGGAUUCAUCUGGGAAGUCUGCUAUUAGCGCACGGUAGUACAGCAACAAAUGCCAUUCUCAUCUACAGUUCGGAUAAGCGGUUUCGGCACGGCGCUCGGAACUUGUAUAACCGAUGGAGGGGAAUUCGGGAAGGGUUCACCGAGUCUGGCACCGGCACAAGUGCCUCCUUCAUAUGAACCAACAAUUUUUGCACAUAUAAUUGGCAUGGAUGUAUAUUCUCGUACUACAAUAUCCACUUAAUUGCCAACGCAUGCCGCUCCGUCCGUGGCCAGCAUUUGUCUUAAAUUACUGGAAUCACCCGUUAUUAAAAUUAUAUCGACUAGCAAGGUCACUUCUCGACCAGCUUUUCUAAACAACUUUUUAAUUUAUUGAAAUUUUUGUACGUUCCAAAAUGUGGCAAACAAAAAUAUUGUAAUUGUCGUAUACAGAGUAAUAAGUAUUCUGUAGUAAUAAGUAUUCGGUUUGUAUCAUAAACACUUUCUGCAUCUUCUUGGAUUUCCUGUUUGUUCCGUCAACUGUAGCGUUUUAUAUCAGAGUUCAUGCCUUUGAUUGCAAAGGCAUUAUUUCUGGAAGAGGAACCGGGGAUAGAAUAUAU